AAGCAAGAAAACUCAACCUGACAUAUACUUAUUUCCAAAAUUUCCAGCAGCCCUAAUUGAAUAUGUCAGCUAAAGUUGUUUUAAUAUCGUCGGACGACGAAAAGUUUCCUGUUGAAUUGAAGGUGGCUGAGAAAUCCAUUUUGAUCAAGAACAUGGUGUUGGAUUUAAAUCCCGACGGUCUCGAAGAAGAUUUUGAAAUCCCAACCCCUAAUGUGAGAGCCACUGUAUUGGAAAAAGUCAUCGAGUGGUGUGAGCACCACAAGAACACAGUUUUCCCUGAUGAAGACGAUGAAGAUGCUAAGAAAUCGGCUCCAAUUGACGAAUGGGAUAAGAACUUCUUGAAGGUGGACCAGGAAAUGUUGUAUGAAAUCAUUUCUGCCGCCAACUACUUGAACAUAAGACCCUUGUUGGAUGCCGGGUGUAAGACCGUUGCCGAGAUGAUCAGAAACAAGUCUCCUGAAGAGUUGAGAAAGAUCUUCAACAUUGUCAACGACUUUACUCCUGAAGAGGAGGCUGCUAUCAGAAGAGAAAACGAGUGGGCUGAAGAUCGUUAGUAUUUAGGCCACUUGUGCCCUAGAGCUAUGUUUGUAUGUUAAGUGACUGCAGUUUUCACUUGAAUUUAUAAUGGUUUUACG